GCUACACCAGUGUUCUGCAUCUGUCUGCAUCCGUCAUUGCUAUUUAUAUGGUGCACGAUAAAGAUCCACACAAUCUUCAAUCGCAGUUAGUCAGAAGCAAUUGACGUCCAUGGGGGGCUGCGGUUUCAACGCAGCUUUAUCUUUUUUCUUCCGGAUUGACGUUAAACGGGGAGUACCCGGAGACUUUCCUUUUGAAUUACACAGCAUAGAAGCGCGAGUCCAUUCGACUGUGAAUAAACAUGCAAUGCGGACACGGGUGUCCGAUCCUUGUUGCUGACUGAUGGAUACUUAAAAACCAAUAUGCCCUGUGAUUCGGACCGUUAUACGACGCUUCGCAGAUGCCUGAGUGUAACGAUGACCUCUUUUCAGUCUUCAAAUCAUUGAAAAAUUGAAAUUAAAGAAAACAACUUUCUUACGAACCAGAAUAUCAUCAUUCAUGUGAAUAGAUAUAAGGUACUAGAUUUCAAUAAAAGGCUUGAAAAAGUUAUUGAAAUUGUCAAGUUCAGAAGAAAGAAAAAUGGGUAUUUCAUUGCUAAACAAUUUUUGCACAAGACUGAAACAUUCGGGAUUUCUCAUAUACAAAAAUAUCAAAGUUCGCAAACGGCACUUAAUUGGCACUCUUAUUGAGAUUUUAUUACCGGCAUGCAUUGUUGCGACAAUCCUUGCAGUCAGAUCUAACUUAGAUGUCGAACCUAUACAUGUUCGUAACAGCACAUACUAUGAAAUGCGAACAAGUAGUGAGGUGGUACGGGAUACCUCACGAUCUCGUGUCCGUCUGUAUUACAAACCACAAACUGAGCUGACGAAAAAUCUCAUGAGAAAUGUGACAGAAUGUAUGGGCAUAUUACCAAGUCAACUCUCUGGCUUCAAUUCGGAAGAAGUCAUGCUGCACCAUUAUGAGACACAGCAAGCAACGGAUUCAUUAGUUAAAGUCCUUGCAAUUGAUUUUGAUGAUAUGGAUGACUUCUCUGAUCCAAAAAAACUGAUCUACACUAUUCGAUCAUCACAGAAAAUUCCAGAUAAAUUACUUGAUGUUGAUAUCGAAGGCAUAAGUACAGCAUCGGAUCACUUACUUGACGAGAUUCCCGUCGUUGGUUUCCAGAUUUGUUUGGACAAUGCAUUUAUUGAAAGUAAAGCUCGCGAUGGUGCAAUUAAACCAAUGGUUUCACUCCAAAAAAUGCCAUUUCCACCAUAUGAUAAAGUUAAUGCCAAUGAACUUCAAAUACAGAAUGUGAUUUGUACAAUUGGUGGACUUAUUUUCCUUGCAACAAUCUACCUGAUACCAACAUAUAUCAGUGCAGAAAAAUCCACUGGUGUAAAUACUCUACUGAAAAUAAAUGGAAUAAAAUCAUAUCAAAAUUUUCUAAGCUGGAUAGCAUGUGGCAUGGUUUUUAGCAUCAUCAUUGUUUCUUCAAUUACCACAAUUGUGAAAUUGAAUUUUCGAUCUGACCAAAAACCGUUUUACUAUCACACUGACUGCUGCAUAAUUUGGCUAGCACUUUUCAUCAACCUUACUGCAAUUUAUGCCUUCUGUCUCCACCUGGCUACGUACUUCUCAAAAACAUGGCUUGCACAACUAGUGGCAACAACGGUGUCUCUAAUUAUAAACAUAACUGCAACCCAGUUUGAAAACUAUGAUAAAUCUACUUUUUUACCAUGGAUUGGAUUUCUUUGCCCAACUACGGCUACUAUGAGGAUAUUUGAUGAGCUUAAUAGGCGUGAAAAUCAACGUGUUGGAGCACAAUGGAGUAACAUUCUUGAGACAACGCAUCCAGCAUUGAAUUAUUGGGGUAGUCUUGGCUUCAUAAUGUUAUCGAACUUUAUGGGAAUAGUUUUCCAUUUCAUCCUCGCUGUAUAUCUGGAUGCUGUACUACCGAGCAAAUAUGGUAUCAAUGAGACUCCGUUAUUCUUCAUCAAGUAUUUUAAGAAGAACAAGGUGUGCAGCUCUUCUGAAAGUACACGUAUGCUUAAUCCAGUUCUAGAACCAGAAAUAUAUGAACAUGUUGCUGAUAAUAGCUUGUAUCCUGGGGUAAAACUGACACAGUUGGUGAAACGAUUUAUACGUGGAAUUAUCAAACGAAAUACAAUCAAAGCAGUUCGAGGACUCAGUUUGGAAUUUUACAAGGGGCAGAUCACUGCUUUGCUGGGUCAUAAUGGUGCUGGAAAAAGUACAACAUUUGCAGUCUUGACUGGUUUGACAUCACCCUCAUCGGGAAGUGUGGAAAUUAAUGGCAAAGAUAUAACUGCGGAUAUUGAUGGGAUCAGAAGUGAUUUGGGCGUAUGUCUUCAAGAAAAUACCAUGUUCCCAGAUUUAACUGUAGUCGAACAGCUCCGAAUAGUUGGUUUGCUGAAGCAAAAGGACCGAACCAGAAAAGAGUUGAUGGCAGAAAUCGACGAAUUAUUGAAAAAGAUGGAUAUGGAAGAGAAACGAGAUGUUAUGCCAGACGAACUCUCCGGUGGUCAGAAAAGACGACUAUGCCUAGCUAUGGCACUUAUUGGCAAUGCUUCUACUAUAUUCUUAGAUGAACCAACAUCGGGUAUGGAUCCAGAAACACAGAGAGGGACAUGGGACACUAUAUUGAAAUACCGUGAUCAAAAAACGAUUAUAAUUACGACACACAGUAUGGAGGAAGCUGAUGUUCUGGGUGAUCGAAUUGCAAUCAUGGAUUCAGGAAAACUGAAGUGUUAUGGUUCACCGAUGUACCUUAAAAAAUGCUAUGGGCACAAUCAUCAUGAAAUAACGCUGUCAACAACAUCAAAUUACGACAUAGACAAAAUUCGAGAGCUGGUUGGUAGCGAUGCAUCGAUAAAUGUGACUCAGCACGGCAGAAUUGUUAUAAACCUUCCAUUUACCAGCUCUUUACCGGAAAUUUUGGACAGUAUGGAAAAUCAAAAAGCAAAGUUGGGAAUUACUGGUCUCAGUGUGUCAAUAAUAACUUUGGAACAAGUUUUCUUAAGGGCUGCCGAUAAUGAAGAAAUAGCAAAUAAGUCGGAAGAUAAUGUUGAUGGGAAAGUAGCACCAGAUUUAAGAGGGUACGAAUAUUUGACAGGUUGGGACCUUACUUGGCAAAUGAUUUACGCAUUGUUAGCAAAGAAAAUGACCUAUUUCAAAGCUAACAAGGGUGUGAGUCUAGCACUCGUGUGUGGAACUCUGAUAGCGAUAUUAUUACCGCUUGUUUUCAACCCAGCUGAUUAUGGGAAAAAACAAAAUUUACGGAUCGAUCUUCGAACAUAUAAAAGUCCAGAAGUGAUGAUACACUCCGGAGAUGAAACUUUAGGGAAUAUGUAUAAGAAGAUAAUUGAAAACCAAGGUGCUAAAAUCGAUGUUACUGAAGCUGGAGUCUCUCUGAGCAAAGGGUUACUAUCCAAAGCUCUAAAAGAUAUGACAUACUAUAAAACUCGAAUGAUUGUCUCAGCUGAAUUUAACUCAAGUGUGUCAGUAAAUGGUUUAUAUUCUGGCGGAGCGACAUUAAGUGCUCCAAUAGUCUUGAAUACCAUGUCAAAUUUACUGUUGAAGAUAGUGGCGGGCGAUCAAUAUUCAAUCGAUGCAAGUAUCGGCCAAUUGCCUCGAUCGUUAGUGCAAGAUGCACAGAAGAGAAUGGAGAAUAAAGUUGAAAUGCUAAUGAGAAACAUUUUAUUCAUGGCAAUAUUUGUUCACGUUGUUGCUUUGUUCGUCAUACAUCCGCUACUUGAGAAUAGCACAAAAUUUAAACAGUUACAGCAGAUGGCUGGUGUUUCGCCUUUUACAUACUGGGGAACAAUGUUUCUGGUUGAUUAUGGAUUUUAUAUAUUAGUGUCAUUAUUCGCCGUUUUUGGUAUUGUCUGUAGGGAUUUUUUCGAUCACUUGUCAGCUGUAUUUUUCUCAGAAUGUGGAGGGGUUUUACUUCUGUUAUUUCUGCUUUUUGGUGUCAAUGCUUUACUCUUGGCUUACAUACAUAGUUUCAUGAAGAAACGAUUCCAUGUUGUGUAUUCAAUUUUGAGUGGAAUACCAUUAUUAAUGGUAUUUAUCAUUGUUCCACUACAUGAAGUGUUAUCGUACAUGGAUAAUGUUAAAUGGGCAAAUGUAAUUCAGCGCAGAACGUUUUCUUUGGCACCUGUCAUCAGUUUUGUUUUUGGAUGUAUGAAGUGGGAAGAAAUAGCAUUCAAAAAUGCAAGGUGCCGAGCAAUGCCUAAACUUUCAACUGCCAUUGCUUGUGAUACUAAUGACUACUGUUGUGCACUGAAGUGUUCUGAUGGAUAUUGCGAAAAUCCGUUACCAUUUUUGGGUGAUUUUAGUGAACAAGGCGGAAUCAAAGAGUAUAUUGUGUAUUUAUUAUUCACCCCGAUUAUUCUGGUGGGCAUCCUUUAUUUACUAGAGCAGCAGACGUUUGCGAAAUUGCGAUCAAAAUUCCAAGUAACGAACCACCACUCAAAGCGUUAUUCUGAUGAAACAAUAGACAGGAAAGUCGAAGAAGAAAAAAGAAUCGUAUGCCAAGAAAUUAAUAACAUUAACAGAGGGUCAUCUGAAUUUAAUUCUGAGAUCAAGAAUGUCUUUCUGGCAUCUGGACUGAGCAAACAUUACGGAAAAGUGGAAGCUGUCAAAGAAGUUAGUUUCAAAGUAUUGAGGAACGAGUGUUUCGGAUUGUUAGGUGUGAAUGGUGCUGGGAAAAGUUCUACUUUCCGAAUGUUAGUUGGUGAAGAAAUCCCGAAUAGUGGUAUUCUUUACCGUGGUCGCUACAGCAGUAAUUCUGAUCGAACCAAGUAUUUGGCUGGAAUGGGCUAUUGUCCUCAAACUGAUGCCUUGAUUCCAUGUCUUAAUGCAGUGGAACAGUUGACCCUUUUUGCCCGUCUGAGAGGCAUCCCAAAACAUGAGGUGGCGUCAGAGGUUUACUCGUGGAUUAACAAGCUGCAAUUGACCAAACAUGCAACAAAACCAAGUGGGGAUUAUAGUGGUGGAAAUAAACGGCGCUUAAAUAUUGCAAUUGCACUAAUUGCAAAUCCUGAACUGGUUUUGUUGGAUGAGCCAACGACUGGUGUCGAUCCAGCCGCCAAAAGAUUAGUAUGGACUGUUCUUCAAAAUUGCCAAGCAUCUGGCCAAGCCAUCAUACUUACGUCCCACAGUAUGGCGGAAUGCGAAGUUCUGUGUAAUCGUUUAGUGAUAAUGGCGAAAGGUCAACUAGUAUGUGUCGGAGCUAGUCAGGAGUUGAAAGAACGUUUUGUAGCAGGCUUCAAUAUCACAAUCAAACUGGAUCCGCGACGAACCGAACACAAUUGCACGAGAAUUAAGAAAAAAAUAGAAACGAAUUUCAUCUGUCGAUUAAUAGAUGAGCACCCUGGAUACUUAUUCUACCAUGUGACUGACCCCCAAGCGACUUGGGUGAAGAUGUUUGGGACAAUGAACGAUAUCCAAUCGGUACACCAAUGUGUCGAAGAUUUCACUGUAUCUACGUCUACGUUGGAACAACUGUUUAUGCAGUUUGCCAGGCCUACAGACUCUACCACGCAAUAUCACAGAAAAUCGGAAACUGCAGCCGAAGAAAGUUGUGUCUAAGGUUAACCUUACUGGUAUAAAAUAUAAAAGAGUAGAUCUAUUCUUGCUGUUAGCUGACAUCUUGACUUGCAGUUGAAUAGCAGUUUUUUUUACAAGAUCCCAAAGUUCAUGUUAAUCCCUGUAUGUGUAUAUCAAAUUGGGGUUUUACAUACAAAUUUUAUAACUAUUUAAUUGCGCUUACUUUAACUAUAACUGUAAAAGAUCUAAUAAUCUCAAACAAUAAUUGAAAUGUUAAUCGUAAUAAUGGUAACUUACGUAAAUAUAUUUUGUAGGAUGUUGAUUGAUAGUACACUUGUAUCAAGAAAUCGAAACAGCGAAAUAUGUAUCAUUCCUUUUGUUAGGAAACGACUGUUAAAGUCAAGCUUUAUGUUUUCUUGUUUCCAUUACUUCUCACAAGUGUACUCUCAAAAAUUGCAUUUAAGGCAGAUCUGUACUAUUUUUAGUUUUUCAUUAACUUUACAAAUUUAUUGUAAGAUCAUUAGUUCUUUUUGUUUGUUUCCACGGAAAUAAGGUAUUAUACUUGUGUCUAAACUUCAGCCCUAAAAUUAUUACAUUAAAAUCAUUGCCUAGCUUGAAGGGCUUGAAGGUGAAGUAUCUUUGGAAUUUUUGGACAUCUCUCAUAUGUUCAAAUUUUGUCAACACUUCAUACCUAAAUGAGACAACAAACUUUGGCAGAACUAUGUUUGUACGGAAGUUUGAAUGAAACUAUAGUGCACCUGUAUUUUGAAUUCAAUUACGAUUAGGCAUGUACAUUCAAGUUUUUUUUCAGGGAGAAGGGGAAUACAGAGAGUGUGGAUAAGCGAGAGCUUUUAUAUUUUUUGGAUGAUCAAAAUAUCGAUGUUUGUAUGCAUUGAAAUAAAAAGAUAACAUUGAACAAAAACAAAAAAUUCAAACAAACCCAAACGUUCUGAUGUGUGAUAUGUUUAAGGUAUUGAUAUUGUAUACAUACAGCUUUUCUGAUUUUACCCGUAAUGAAUGAUUAACAAAUAAAUGCGAUAAAUUUACGUCAGAA